UUCCGCUUAGCUCCGAAACCCUUUUCUCUGCGUUUCUGUUUAACCAUUAAAACGGCAACUGGUUCGAUUACGCCACCACCAACGGCCACCUUGAAUUAUCAUAUUUAUAUUUUGGGCAACGUUAAGUAGAAGUGUAGUUGCCGUCUUGGAGUGGAGUUGAAGUUUGGAAGAGGAAGAAUGGAUGUAAUCAAGUCGCAGCAAAUAUCGUGUCGGCCAAUCGAGAAAGUGAUAGUCCACCCGCUGGUGCUGCUUAGCAUCGUUGAUCACUACAAUCGCGCGGCACGGGACACCAAAAAGCGUGUUGUUGGCGUCUUGCUUGGAACGUCGUUCAGAGGUACCGUUGAUGUUACCAACAGCUAUGCAGUGCCUUUCGAAGAAGAUGACAAGGAUGCAAGCAUAUGGUUUCUUGACCACAACUACCAUGAGUCUAUGUUUUCCAUGUUCCGGAGAAUUAAUGCCAAGGAGCAUGUUAUCGGUUGGUACAGCACUGGCCCAAAAUUACGCGAAAAUGAUUUGAACAUUCAUGGCCUUUUUAAUGACUAUGUUCCAACCCCUAUCUUGGUUAUCAUUGAUGUCCAGCCUAAAGAACUUGGCAUACCAACUAAGGCAUACUAUGCUGUUGAGGAGGUUAAAGAGAAUGCAACUCAAAAGAGUCAGGUCUUUGUGCAUGUACCUUCAGAAAUUGCUGCCCAUGAAGUAGAAGAAAUUGGGGUAGAGCACCUACUGAGGGAUGUCAAAGAUACUACAAUCAGUACUCUUGCAACAGAGGUAACUGGGAAACUCACGGCAUUGAAGGGAUUAGAUGCUCGCCUUCAAGAGAUCCGUAGUUACCUUGAUCUUGUAAUUGAUGGGAAGCUUCCCCUCAAUCACGAGAUACUAUACCACUUACAGGAUAUUUUCAACUUGCUUCCAAAUCUCAAUGUGGCUGAGUUAAUUAAAUCCUUUGCAGUGAAAACAAAUGACAUGAUAUUGGUCUUAUAUUUGUCCUCACUUAUUCGGAGUGUGAUUGCUUUUCAUAACCUGAUAAAUAACAAGAUGCUUAACAAGGAAUAUGAAAAGGCAGAAGACUCUAAGCCUGUUGCUUUACCUACUGCAGCUGGAAGCUAAGCACUAGCUUUGUGCUACAGAAAUGUUGUUUUGCAGGAGUAGAACCAGAUGAAUAUAUCAAGUUCAUAGAUUUCACACACAACUUUUUUGUUCCUCUGUAUUGUAUUGUCCACCUUUUCAGGACAUUUGAAAAUUUUCUAGUGGAAUAUAAAUUCUUGAUGGAUCAGUGUGUUUCUUUA